ACCCGCUAGUUUGUAGAGGAGAAACUGUAACCGUCCAUGUCUCGUCAACAAAUAUCAACACGCUGACAAACUAAUUGACAGCAAUGUCGAGAGAAAACACCACUCGAAGUUUGGACAGUAUAGACCUCGCUGCUUUAAGAGAUCCAGCAGGUAUCUUUGAGUUGGUGGAGGUGGUUGGCAAUGGAACGUACGGUCAGGUGUACAAGGGACGUCAUGUCAAGACAGGCCAACUGGCAGCUAUCAAAGUCAUGGAAGUCACAGAGGAGGAAGAAGAGGAGAUAAAACUGGAGAUCAACAUGUUGAAGAGUUAUUCCCACCACAGAAACAUUGCCACAUAUUAUGGAGCUUUUAUUAAGAAGGGUCCUGCUGGACAGGACCACCAGCUCUGGCUGGUGAUGGAGUACUGUGGAGCCGGCUCUGUGACAGACUUGGUGAAGAAGACCAAGGGGAACUGUCUGAAGGAGGACUGGAUAGCUUACAUCUGCCGAGAAGUGCUCAGGGGUCUUUCCCAUCUUCACUCCCAUCAUGUGAUUCACAGAGACAUUAAGGGGCAAAAUGUUUUGCUCACAGAGAAUGCUGAAGUCAAACUGGUUGACUUUGGAGUGUCGGCACAGCUGGAUAAGACGAUCGGUCGAAGGAACACCUUCAUCGGUACUCCCUAUUGGAUGGCUCCGGAAGUCAUUGCCUGUGAUGAGAACCCAGAGGCCACAUAUGACUACAGGAGUGACCUCUGGUCUUUGGGCAUCACUGCUUUGGAAAUGGCUGAAGGAGCCCCUCCUCUGUGUGACAUGCAUCCGAUGAGAGCGCUGUUUUUGAUUCCAAGAAACCCUCCACCCAAACUUAAGUCAAAGAAAUGGUCAAAGCGUUUCCUGUCAUUUGCUGAUAGCUGUCUGGUCAAAAACCAUCUGCAGCGACCCACCACGGACGCCCUGCUCAGACACGCUUUCAUCCGAGACCUGGCUAAUGAGAGACAAGUGCGCAUCAUGCUCAAAGAUCACCUGGAUAGAACCAGGAAGAAAAGAGAAAAAGAGGGUCCAGAGUACGAGUACAGUGGCAGUGAAGAAGAGGAUGAUGAAGUAACAGAGGAGGAGGGAGAACCCAGCUCCAUAGUAAACGUUCCCGGGGAGUGGACGUUACGGCGAGAGUUUCUCCGUUUACAGACAGAGGAUCGUGACGGGGGCAGAGAAGGAGGCCACGGUGGAGGUGGGGGUCAGCAAAGACAACAGGCAUUACAGCAGCACAGGCAGCAGUUGGCAGAGCAGGAACGAUACAAGCAGCAACUGCUGGCUGACAGACAGAAGAGGAUCCAACAGCAACAUGAGCAGCGGCAAAAGUUAGAGGAUCAGCAGAGACGGCAGCUGGCGGACUGUGCCUUCCAGUGGGCGGAGCUUCAAGAGAUCUUGCUUGGGGAGGAGUCUGAUCUGCAUGACAACAGAAUCUUACUAGAUGAGAGAAACAAAAGGAGUGACAGGAGACAGCAGGAGCAGGCAGGCAGGCAGCGGAGUGCAGAUGUGACAGUGAGGCCUCAGGACUCCGCCGCAGAGCAGAGAGCUGUGGCUCCAAACCAGCUGUUUCAGCAUAAGGCCCAGCUCUCCCAGCCUCAGCUACAGCUGCAAGCCAAGCCCCAGCCUCUGGCUCAGCAUCAGCAGCCGUCAGCAGGCAGGAGAUCCCACCGCACCCUGCCCAAGGACCAAACCCAGCUCCUGUCGCUGCAGCACGACCACAGACACAGGGAGAGAGAGAGGCAGAGAGAGAAGCCUGUGGCAGCGCUCCAGAAGCUAACAGCUAAUAGUGGGAACGCAGCUGCUGCUACUGCUGCUGCCACUGCUGCUUCCUCGCCCAGCCGCCCCACAAACAGCCAGCGCUCAGCGAUGGAUUUCCAAGAAUCAAACCUUGCCAGGCUGCUUUUGGCUGCUGGUCUGCCCAGCCAGGUGCACUCGAGGCUGGGCUCCGGGAGCAGCUCUAGUCCCUGUACUCCAGCCAUGCAGAGAGCUCACAUUAACCAGAAUGCCAAUCUGCGGUCCAGUCGAGACACCCCUCACAGCAGCUCUAUGUCAGAUAUGGCCAUCUCCCCAUUGUCCCCUUUCUCCCCCCUGUCCCCAACUGAUGAUGUCUUCUGGGACUCCGGGACGCCACCUAAGGUCCCCGAACGCACUACCUCUAAGUUCUACUGUCGAGAGCUGGUGAUGGGGCACAAGAGGACCGCUUCAAGUGGCAGUCCAGUGUCUGUGGCUGAUAAGAGCGGACGCUCUGUGUCUCAUGGAGUUUCGUCGAGCAGCAGCAAUCACUCAGGCUACUUCAAGCUGGAGAGUCCUCUUCUACAGCACCGUCAACAGCAGCACCGGAGGACACAGGAAAACAUAACCAGUGGACAAGGUGUGAGAUCUGCUCAGGGUCGACUUAACAAGGCCACAGAGUACUCCUCUUCCAGUGACGAGGUCGGCAGCAGUGAUGAAGAGGAGAGGAGCAGGUCUGGCCUGUCCAACGGAAAGGGGAAAUACUUUAGAGGAAUACCUGAUGGCAUCGUACUACAACCUCAUCACAAUCUUAACCAGAUUUCUCGGACAGGUUCAGAUGAUACCUACCUGCUACCAGACCUUCUGCAGAAAACCUCCUCCUCCAGUCCUACCCACAACGCACUGGGACAGCAGCAGCGAACACGCGAACUCAACUACUCACAGUCACCCACAGCCCCUCGAUCCACCUCAAACCAGGACUUACAUGCUGUCAGCAGUCCCACUGGUAAAAACACCUCCUCAUCUUCCUCUUCCUCCUUCCUGUCAUUCAUUGAUCCAAGAUUGAUCCCCAUGUCAUCGCCACCACAGAGCCCUGUGGGCAGUAAAGGUGAGCAAAUCAAGAGAGAGAACCACAGGAAAGGCUCUGUGGUGAACGUGAACCCAACCAACAUUCGACCGCAGAGCGACACCCCAGAGAUCCGCAAGUACAAGAAGAAAUUCAACACUGAGGUUCUCUGUGCUGGACUGUGGGGUGUGAAUCUGUUGGUGGGGACAGAGAACGGUCUUUGGCUGCUGGAUCGAAGCGGUCAGGGGAAAGUCUACUCCCUCAUCAGCAGACGAAGGUUCCAGCAGAUGGAUGUGUUGGAGGGACUCAAUGUCCUGAUCACUAUAUCAGGUAAAAAGAACAAGCUCCGUCUGUACUACCUGUCCUGGUUAAGGAAUAAAAUCCUGCACAAUGACCCAGAGGUGGAGAAGAGACAGGGUUGGACCUCAGUAGGUGACUUGGAAGGCUGUGUACACUAUAAAGUGGUGCGUUACGAGAAGAUAAAGUUCUUAGUGAUUGCUUUGAAGAAUGCAGUGGAGGUGUACGCCUGGGCCCCAAAACCCUACCACAAAUUCAUGGCCUUUAAGUCAUUCAGGUCUCUGCCUCAAAAACCACUGUCUGUUGACCUGACAGUGGAGGAAGGUCAGAGGUUAAAGGUCAUCUAUGGCUCCUUGUCUGGUUUCCAUGCCAUUGAUGUCGACUCUGGAACACCUUAUGACCUCUACCUGCCCACACAUAUCCAGGGCUCCAUUCGUCCCCACGCCAUUAUCAUUUUGCCAAACAGUGCUGGAACAGAGGUCCUGGUCUGCUACGAAGACGAAGGCGUCUACAUCGACACCUACGGCCGCAUCACCAAGGAUACAGUGCUGCAGUGGGGGGAGAUGCCUGCGUCGGUCGCCUACCUUCAGUCUAACCAGGUGAUGGGUUGGGGAGAAAAGGCCAUCGAGCUGAGGUCGGCCAACACAGGGAACCUGGAGGGAGUUUUCAUGCACAAAAAGGCCCAAAAACUCAAGUUCCUCUGUGAAAGGAAUGACAAGGUCUUCUUUGCCUCGGUGCAGUCCGGAGGCAGCAGUCAGAUUUACUUCAUGACUCUAGGACAGAACUCACUGUUCAGCUGGUAAUGACUGGACACAUUACUCUGGGAUCAACUGGUGGUGUCUGCCUUCAUUUUGCUGGUGAUGCCUUUUUUCUAUUUGUGCUGACUUAUGUUCAUCUCUGUGGAUAGCGGAGACAGUACAGAGACCAACGGAAUACCCCCUGAUCCGUCACUCCGUCUUGUCCAGUAUUCGUGUAAAUGUCUGUGGAUUCACAGCUGAGUUGAUCAUAACUGCUUGAAUCCCGACUCCUUCCUUAAAUACCGAAGCCUGAAUCAGCUGAAGUGACACAAAUAUCAGCACCUGAAAUUCAAGCAAAAAAUUAGCUUUUCUUCACUGCCACCUCACCUAUCCACAGAAGGUUCAACGAGCAGCGUCAGCAUCUGCACACAGCCUGUUGUCAUAUCUGAACUCCACAGUUACCUGAAGUCUUUCCCAGUGGGAUUAAGGCUGCAAACCAUCACAGCACCGGUGUGGCAGAAAUCAAGAUUCUGUCCUUUUUUUUUUUAUCCAAAUCUACCUGGAAGCAAAACCGAUGGCUUGAUUCAGUUGAUUGUGUGGUGACGUCAAACAAGACCAGAUCAUCAGUGAACGUCUGGCCUCAAAAUGACGUCUGUCCUGUCAUCUGUCAGCACUGAAGACCACAGCAGUUUUUUCUUCAUCAGUUCACAUCGCUCCUGGAUCAAUUAACCCUAUUUUCUAUCUCUAAAGGACUCUGUCGGACCAGCUACUCGGCUUAUUAUGCUUCGAUCAGUUUUUCACUACUUGCUUUAGCAAUUUGUCGCUGUGGUGUAAUGCUGGAUCGACUGCUUCCUUUCCAUCUGAUGAAGUCAAGUAUUCAUUCCUGGGUAAUAACCCUCCUAGUACAGACCCGGACAGGAUUAUUUCCUUCUCUGGUGUUGAGCUGGUCUCUGGUCUGUCUUCAUGCAAGUAUUUGUUAAAGGAAGAGAAACCAGAAGAACUGAAGUCCUUUUUUGACAUCCGCUGAAAAUGUCAAAGACUGGGUUGGAGCCAAAAUGUGAACUCAGUAGGACAACUACUGUAUGUCAUUCCACAUUUUUUUGCUGUUGCUUGCCAAAUUUUUCCCCCAAUAAUCUUCUGUAAUCUUCCCAGAUCCAGGAUCCAUCUGCAGUACCUCAGCAGUGUUAUUUAUGAAGGCCUUUAGUACUGUUUUUUUCUCUUCAGUGCUAUAAGCAUAGAUCAAGAACCCAAACAAAUAAGUCAGUUACUGUAUUGAAUCCUUAUUCUAUUGAUUUUAAUAUCUAAUUUUUAGACAGUAUUACAUUAUGCACUAUCAAAUGUUAUAUUAUUGAAAAAAAGAGUUUCCUUUUUUGUUGUAUGAGGUGACAGUAACACCCAUAGAUAUCAUCACUUAUGUUUAACUGUAUUCAUAGCUGUAAAUAUACUGUCCAUGGACCUAAUAAUAACACAAAAUGUCAGAACUGAAUUACUGUCAUGAAGACAUAGUUCACGAACUUAAGACUAUUCAUUAGGUCAACCCUUAUUAUGAGUUCGAAGUCAAAUUUUCCUAGUUUGUAAUCUGUUGCCAAUUAGACAACAAUUAUCUCUUGGGAUACUUGCGUCAUUGCACACUUUGCAUCAAAAUAAGUUCAGUAGUGCUUUUGUUUCUUAGUCAGUCUUAAUGCAGUACCUCACCAGUCCUCUUAGGUUCCAGUUUGAGCAUGCCCUCCAUCACCCAUCUGGACCAUGUCAUUUUAGUUUUAUUAUUCCAUAAUAAGGACCUUAAGAGCCUUUUACUUUACAGUAGUAGAGAUCUAAAACAAGGCCACAGUAUCAGGCUUAGAAUUAUUUUCUGCAUCUAUCUUGUACAGCUUAGGAUGUAAAUAUCUUGCAAGAUGCACUGUUUUCUAAAUAUUUUGUAAUUGACAAGCCAUCUUUAUGUAUGUGUACAGGAUUAUAGGCUUAUGAAUGUGAAAUUCCAUCCCAGAGCAGAGUCCGUACAUGAUAUUUCCAUGGUCUUCCAAAGUCCAGAGUUUGUGAACAUGAACAAGAGCUCCUGACAGUGAACUUGAAGGCUCCUGUUUGGGUUCACAAACCUGGUUGAAGUUUUCAAGAUCAAAUCAUGUGAAUUCUGUUCUGCGGUUGAUGUUCUACUAACAUGUAGAAGUCACGGCUCUUUGCACAAUGGCCACCUUGUACAUGCUUUUUUGAAAUAUAUCCUCCUUUGAAAUCUUUUGUUUCAAAGUGGAAAUUUUAAGAACAUUUAAAGCCAUUCCGUAGUCAGUAUUGAAGAUAUAACUGAAGUACUUGGAUCAGUAUUUCUUACACUACCCAACAUGGGACGCACACCUGUUUUUGAUGGGUCACCUUGAGAUUUUUUAUUGAGCCUGGAUGUGAUGAGAUGCAAUGAGCUGGGCCUGAUGUAUAAUAUAUAUAUAGCUCUCGUUUCCUUGUUUUUUUUGGUCAGAACCAAUAGUGAGCUUCAAAGCAAGAGACCAAAGAUGAAGGCUUUGAUCAAUUGGCGUCAUUGAAUUAAACUGUGUAAGAUAAUUAACAAAUCAAAACUGACUAUUUAAUUUUGAAUGAUCAUCUAUAUUUUCAAAAUUUAUAGUUUGUUUAUUAUUAUGUACCGUACAAGAAUAGACCAACUAGACCAACAUACCAGAUUCAUCUGCAAAAAUCCUGCAGAAACUGUCUUGCUAAUACGCAACAAAAUAUAUGCAAUUUAAUAUUGCUGGUGUUCAUAUAUUUAAUAGCUUACAUGUAUGCUUUAGACACUGCUAAAUUUUCUAAUAGUGAAGAAAUAAUUGGUUUUUACCUUCAAAUGUGAAUUUGCAAUUUGUCCAUUUUUGACCAUUUUUAGUUAUACCAUUUUCUCCUUCAUCAGAUUUUUGCAUAAAUGGAUAACUUAGUUAUCUUUUGUGUUACAUCAUCCUCUAUAUUAUAUUCCCUCUUGAAUGUUGAGGCUAUCAAAAUAUGUACCAAAUAUUUUAAUUUCAGUGAUACUUUGAGUUUUAGUUUUUAUAAUGGACUUGAUGUAAAUAUUGCAGCUGGUUCUGUGAGAAUAUUUUGAACUGGAGAAUGAACUGUCUGAUAAUAACUGUCUCAUUGCUAAGUUGUUACCAAAUUACAGUGUUUGUUUCAGUGAGAAACUGAGACGCCAGAUGAGACAGCUAGCUGACAUGUCUACAGUGCAUGGAAAAACAGUUGUGUAAACUUAAUUUUAUCAGGCUAACAGAUGCAGAAAUGCUAGCUAACAGGCUAAAGUUUUUAGAGCUCAGCAAGCUAGCUUGCUGUAAAGUUUCUAGUUAACAUAUGGCGAAGAUAGUCCAGACGUUUAGCUAGCAGCAACAAAAUAUCUCACUUUCUAAUAAUAAUUGUGUCAUUGCUAAGUGACCAAAUUUCAUAUAGCAUUUGUUUCAGAGGAAACUGAAACACCACACCAGAUGGCUAGCCAAAGUGGCUACAGUGCAUGGAAAUACAGGAGUGAAUACUAAUCUUAACAUGCUAACAGACCCCAAAUUGCUAGCUAACAGGGGCUGAAGCUAAGCCAAGCUAGCUUGCAGUCGAUUUUCUAGCAUGCAUUGAUAGGUAACAAAUAGCUAUGAUAUUGCGGAGGUUUGGCUAGCAGCAGCACAAUAUGCCUUUUUCCUCUUUGUACAUAGCUGUGUACAGACGCCACAUGUUAAAAAUAAUUUGGCAACUAUAUUUUACACGCUGUAGUUCAAAAUAAAUAAAAUUUGAAAAACACAUUUUCCCAAAAAUUACUUCAAAAAAUAUUUUGAAAUACAUUUAUUCCCAUGUGCAGCUCACAACAGCAAUAAAAUAGCUUGGAGUCGAUAUAUUUUUAGCACAAAAUAUGCAUUUUUGAGUGAAUGUCAUAAGGCUUUAAAUGUCACAACUUUUAUCCUGAAAUCUUGACAUAAAUACAUUGAUAUCUCCUGUAUAUGUGAAUGACGUGUCAUACUUAGAACUGUGCUAGCUUGUGGUCAGGUCUGGUCAGUUGUUACUUUGUGGCCGGCACAGUACCGGCCGGUUUGGCCAGGUUCCUGAGCAAGACCCUGGCCAUUAGAGUCCAAACAGUACAGGAGACUAGACCAAAGCUAGUCCUUAACUUCUGCAGUGGUUCUAUCAGCUACACCUUAUAUUUACAUAGACAAUACAAACAAUUUAAAGUAGCUAGCCUGUAUGUGCGGUCUUUCAUUAGCCAACAUGCUCUUUCUUAGAUGUCUGGUUAUCAAUUGUACACUUGAAGCUAGUGAGCAUAAGUAACAAAAUGAGUCCUUUCAUCAACCGGCCUUUUUAACUUGACUCUUAAAUUCUUCAUUACAAACUAAAAAUUUGUGAGAAUGCAAUUACAGUGUGAUUUCACAUUCUUACCUUUUAAAGCAAUAAUGUAACUGCUUGAGUACCACUGAUUUAUUAAUUUUAUUCAGUCAUGUUACCAUGACAGAUUUGAUCAAAUUUUUUUAAUUCAGGCUUGUAAUGAGUUAUUCAUGGACGUAUAUCAAUUUUGGAAAAACAGGUUGCCGUCCGUCUACCAUCGAGUUAUAGCUUCGCAGAAGGUUAUCUUGUUUGGUCUCUGAGAGAAGUUUAUUUUCUCCACCUUGGUCCCCCUUAAAGCCAUUCCUCUAAAUGUGCCUAAAUUGCAUUGAACAUCGUCAUGAUCUGCGUCAUUCUUCAUCCUGCUUUCAGAAAUAUUCUGCCUCAAGCUGUCCAGAGGCAGAGUCACACCUAAUGAUGUGUUAUAUAUGUGCGUUAAUGCAUUUGUCAUCUAAAGACGCAGUUUGUUUCAAGACACAAUGAGAACAUGUUUGUGGCUUAUCAGAAACAAACUUCUCUGUCUCCUCUUGUCUUCCUGUGCUAAACAUUUGAGUCUAGCUGCACUAAUAAGAGAGAGAGAGAUCAGUGCACUUCCGCCUACACCUUCCACUGCUUAAGAUGAUGAUAGAUUCUGUUUCAGGCCCGCAGUGACUCACAUCUCCAACUCUCCCACCAACUCUUUUCCUCUCACUCUGUCAACUCGUCUUUCCUCGCCGCAGCCUUUAAUUCCCUCUGUGUCUUGUGCUUAACUCUUUCCUCAAUCCAUCCACGGCCUCUCUAACACCAUUCACCAUUAUCUCUUUAUCCUGAUGGCUUAAUCUCUCUGUAGCUUUCCAUUGUCUCUUUCUUUUCCAUUGUUUCUUUCGUGUCAGCUCUCUCCAUCCUCCCCCAGCCUGGUUGAAGGACUCUUGAGCCAAAUUAGGAAAAGUUUUAUUUUGUUAGACCACACUUUACAAAAUUCACUUGUAUUAUAAAGUGUGAACAUUUGAUUUCAAAACAGAUCGACCUUAUCAAUGCAUUCUUUGUCACGUUUCUCUAUUAUUUCUGAGCCGCUGCUCAUGUAUUUUUUUCAUCUGUAUAUUGCAUCUAUAUUGUUAGAGAAGAAACUAUAAAUCUAAGAUCAGGAAUUUGAGAAACAGCUGAGUAUGUUUUAGGCAUCAAGGGUGCAAUUUAUUGCUGAUUAAUUAGAAAAAUAAUGUGUUUUUUCUUCGUCAGAAGGUUAUAUCGUUUUAGGCUACAACAGUUAUUUUCAAGCCUGUGCAUGAGCAGAAAUCUGUGGAUGAGCGGUGCAGUUCUAAAGAAAGUGUAGUGUGUGUGUGUUGUGUAGGAGGGUGUGAUGUAGAUAGGAACAGGUGUUCGGUAAGCAGGAAUUCAGUCUGCGAGGGAAGGGAGGACAGAGUCAGAGGAGGUGGUUGGUGGUUUGAGUCAGGUGUCAGUUAAACAGAAGGAACAUGGAUGUUGCUUAAAAACAUGUUGCUGUUGGCUACAAUAUUCAAAUGAAAAACUCAAUUUAAGAAUCAAUAUAGCCAAUAAUAGGGCCAGCAUUUUAACACAGGGCGCUAAAUAGAAAAGCUGAAUAUGUAUAGAUGAUGAAGGUUAAGGUAAGGAGGACAAAGACAGUAGUUGGGUUUCCACUACAGAUUUGCACAAAACUUAAGAGAUACUUUCAAGACGUCGAUAAAGCACAAAUUCCGAGAUGACUGCAUUUCUAUCGAGUGAUGUUUUGCAACUUCUCUCAUUCCAAGAAGCAUCUCGACAGAUGUUCAAAACAUUAGCAGGUUUAUUUCUAUUGCAGCCACCACACUAACCGUCAUUAUUUCCAAGCAAAGGUGACAUAGGCGUGUUAUGGCAGCAAUAACGGAAAGGCAAGCCCCGAAACGUAAGAGUGUCCAUGUAUGAGGGAUUUCUGAGAGGUGAUAGUUGGUUUCAAAAUGUCCGGAUGGUCUGCUUAACUUUUGAAGAGCUAUGUGAUGCAACUACACCUCUUGUAGCGACUCUUUCAAUCUUUAUUGUACGUUAUGUGACCUAUAAACGUGAAAUCUAAAGGCUUUUUCAGAUCACCUGAAAUACCACCUCAUGCAAGCAUAAAAACCUUUUCGCAAUAAAGGGGAGUUGGUUUUUCUUUAAUUAAAUGGGGGCUUUUUUGGAUUAAUUUUUAAUUGACGUGUUUCCAUUAGGCGUGUUUUGUAUUCACAAUUUCACUUUGAGGGUUAAUGGAAACAAGCCUACUGACUACAACUUUUUAAAGUGAAGAUUUAUACCUUUGUUCCAUUCAUUGGCCAAGUAAUCGUCCUGAUAGAGCUAUAGGCUCAUAAUGAAAUAUGUGAAGCUGGUAUUGUCUGUUGAUGAGUGAAAUUUCCCAAAGUUGAGAUUUAGCCAAUAGUUUAUAUUAUGGACUUUAUAAAGUUACCCAACUCUUAGAAAAAGAAACUGUUUGCAAUAGACAGGGCAGUUGUGUUCUUUUACAUUGUAAAUUUUAAAGAUAACAAAUAUUAUAUAGAUAUAUAUUUAAGAAUAUAUAUUCCCCUCAACCAUUUCAUCUCUUUUCCAUUAUAAAGCUGAUACCUUGUUUUAUAUUUUUUUGCACUGGACCUAUGUUUGAUGCAUAAUAUACUGUACCCCUCCUGCUUAGAGACCAACACACGCUAACUUGUGUUUCCAUGUAAAGACGCAAAAGACAGUGAGACAACAAUAAAUAUGUUAAGUGGUG